CUGGCCACAAACUACCUAGGUAGGUAAGGUAGGUAUAUACAGAAAGCGAGCGAACAACUGAAGUGAUGAAAUUCCCAACCUUGAAGAUACAAAGUCGAAACUGUUGAUAUCGUGUCUUCCCACAUGUAUGCCUAGCCAUGUAUAAGACUGUACCUUACCUGAACCCAGGCUCCACGACGCAUAUCUCGUGAGCAGCCGAGGUACCUCACUAGUGACCUUAGCUACCCGGCUGACUUACAUGGAGAGAUACAUUGUUGCAUUGCUUGCUUAUGCCAUCAACAAAAGGACCCGAAAUCAAGCCAUCGAUCAACCCAUCAAUCAUAGGUAGCAUAGCUUCAUCAGUUGGAACCGGAUGCAUCAUGUACGAUAGCAACACCUUUUUACAACACAGCCUGCCAGCCAUCCGGUCUGGUCCUACCUUGGAUCCAAUAUUUCAUUUUCUCUCCAUGUUGGAGCUGCGCCGACCCGCCGAACUCCUUUUUAUCUCUUGCUGUCGCCGCCAUUGAUAUUUAAAUUUCUCGUCCCUUUCUUUUCCAAACUAUAUAAACCUCCGAAAGAAACCCCUAGACCUAUGACUGUUGAUCCUUUCCUUGUUAUCAUCUUUGUUUUUAUUUGUGUUUAUGUUUAAACCCUUACCACCUUACCUAGUUACGUACCCCACUUCCGCCUUACCCGCAACUCGGAGUGGCUACGGCCUUGGCAUUCGAUAGAAACCGCGCUCGGAACAGAAAAAAAAAAGAAUAAUAAUACGAACAAAAGUCUCGGAAAGCAUCUUCUUAUCUUUUCCCCCCUGGGACCUUUAUACCUAUACAUUCCCAUGUGCAAUCGGCCGCUCCUGCUUCAAUAAAACUUAUACGCAACAUUUCCACCUUGGAUGAAAUGUCUGGAUACCCGGGUCAGGGCUACCACGGGGCGUAUUCAGGCCCACCCCCGGGCCAGUAUCCUCAACACUAUGGCUAUGCUCCCCCCAAUGGUUAUGGUCACCCAUCUCCCAGUCCUGGGUACGGAUAUCAUCAACCACCGCCACCACCGCAGAACUAUGGCGGCUAUAAUCAGCCACCACCCCAACAGUAUGGUUACAACCAGCAGUCGCACUAUGGUCGUCAAUUCCCUCCCUCCGGCCCGCCCUCGUACGGAAACGCGCCUCCACCGCCAUCGGCUCCCCAGAAUUUCGGACACGGCGCCCCGCAGAACUACCACUAUCAGUAUUCGCAAUGCACCGGAAAGAGGAAAGCAUUGAUGAUUGGCAUCAACUACUUUGGCCAGCGAGGCCAGCUCCGAGGCUGCAUCAACGAUGUCCGGAACAUGUCGACCUACCUGAUCGAAAACUACGGCUACAAACGCGAGGACAUGGUUCUCCUGACCGAUGACCAGCAGAACCCCAUGAGCCAGCCGACCAAGCAGAACCUCCUGCGCGCGAUGCAUUGGCUAGUAAAGGAUGCAAGACCAAACGAUUCACUCUUCUUUCACUACUCCGGUCACGGUGGGCAAACAAAAGACCUCGACGGAGACGAAGAAGACGGCUACGACGAAGUUAUUUACCCGGUCGAUUUCCGACAAACGGGCCACAUCACGGAUGACGAAAUGCAUCGAAUCAUGGUGAUGCCUCUGCAGCCGGGAGUGCGUCUCACGGCCAUCUUCGACUCCUGCCAUUCGGGAACCGCCCUAGAUUUGCCGUACAUAUAUUCGACCCAGGGCGUCCUCAAGGAGCCCAACUUGGCAAAGGAGGCCGGCAUGGGCCUCCUGGACGCCAUGCAAGCCUACAGCCGUGGAGAUAUGGGCGGAGUUGCCAGCAACAUUAUUGGGUUUUUCAAAAAGGCCACCAACGGCGAGGAGGCCCGUAACAUUACGUUGGCGACCAAGACGUCUCCUGCCGACGUAAUCAUGUUUUCGGGGAGUAAAGACGACCAGACAUCUGCCGACGCGGCCAUAGCAUCACAGUACACGGGCGCCAUGUCAUGGGCUUUCAUAACAGCAUUAAAGAAGAACCCCCAACAAAGCUACGUCCAGUUGCUAAACAGCAUCCGAGACGAGCUGGCAACAAAAUAUACGCAGAAGCCACAACUGUCGUGCAGCCAUCCUCUGAACACGGAUCUAAGGUUCAUCUUGUAACCGCAGCUGAGACCUAUAUACUCUCUUUUCCCUGUAUCGACCAAACACAACAUGUCGAAAAUCCAGUUGUAAUGAUAUUUCUUAUUAAAUUGGGAGGGAUUCGCCAUGAUUUUCUCUUACACCUGUUUAUACCCGCAUGGGAGAUCAAUGGCUUUUCACCAGCAACGCAAGAGGUAAAGAAAAGGAGGGGGCUCCAUUGGAACAGCGUCAUUAGUAUAGCGGCAUUUUUCAUUUUCCUCUCAAAAAAAUUCUUUUUUAAUCACGAUUUAUUACCAUCAUGGGUAGGUAGGCUUGUAUCUCAUCAGCGAUUGGAAUAGUUCUCGAAGGGAUUCGUGGGAGUUUUUGUAUAUUUGAUCCUUGGCCGCUGCAGGUCUGACGUUGGUCGGGUUAUAUAUUUCCCUUGCCCUAGAAAUUUCACUCUUAUGUGAUCAUAUGUGCC